AUCUCAAGCACCACUAGUGUGUGGUCGAUGGUGUUUCCAGGCAUGCUUACUUUGACUGACUGUUUUGCUGAUCGUAUGUUGAUACAACUGUCUGCUCUUCUCCUAUAGCAAUUCCACCACACCAGUGUGUUGACAGUAAUUAAUUACCGUCAAUGUGCUGUAGUUGACAAAUUUAACUGUGUGCGUGUACAUACAUACAUGUAAUUUAUUUCUUUAAUUAAACGUAAGUGUGUGGGGGAUUCAACGUCUCCAUAACUGCCAGAGUCACAGAGCGAGCCGCUGUUUGCCUUGCUCAUAGUGAGCGUCGCCAUGGAAACCGCACUGGCAGUGCAGUGUGAAGUGGAAGAAGAGCUUGUGGUCCUCCAGAGAAAGAGAGAGAGAGAGUGACGACAGGGAGAGGGAAAGAGCGAGUGACAUUAAGCUUCAAAGGAAGAGAUAACGAGAGAGCUCACACUGACGGAGAAGGCACCCGUGAGCAGGGAAGAGAGAUAGAGGGCGAGAGACAUUCAAUGACAGGACAGAAACAGGGAGAAGGAGAGACACAGACGACUGAAGAGGAAUUCUGAGAGGAAACGGUGGAAUUACGAUUCUCUGACAGACCAGCGUUUCCCUCCGUGGAUCGUACCAUUCUUCUACCCUCUCUGAACAGAGAUUUACUGUUCUCAGUGUCUUUCUAAACCAACUGGACAACAGUUUGUACUUUGUUACUUUGUAUAAGCUCAGUGAUACAAUGUGUUUUUUAAUGUUCGAGUUUUAGAGUUGCCCUGUUUGGGUUGAGCUGAAUUCCUCUACGAGAUCCGUCUGUCCUGCCGUUGCUCUGCGUCAGGAUCCCUGUGUUGUGACAGGAGGACUGACGUUGUGAAUUCACAGUAACUCGAAGACGUCAUAUCUGUAUUUGCAUUCCAGUUCUGCUUUCCCCGGAGGACGGAUCCUCGCCUGUGUGAGUGGGUGAGAGACAGAAAUAGAAAGAGUGUGUGUGUGUGUGUGUGUGUGUGUGUGUGUGUGUGUGGUCAAAAGCGUAAACCUGUAGCUUCCAGUGCAGGCGUGUAGCCCACAUCACAGUAGAAAUAUGGGAUCGGAGAAGGACUUGGAGUCGCCCCACGCCUCUGUGAGCGCCACCCCGAACCCAAAGUGCCGUGCGUCGGGCAAGCGCCCGGGACGCAUCUCCUUCCACAGCCUCUUCCACGGCAAGCGCAGCUCCAGACGCACCAAGUCCGGGGCGCCCAGCCCCAGCAUCGUCCAGCAGCUCCACCACCACCACCAACAGCUGCAGCAGCUCCUCCCGACCAUCCCCAACAUGCCCUCCGCCCUCCAACACCACCCUGCCCCCGCCGUGGUGCCGGCGCCGGCCCCGGCCGCCUCCGCCAACGCCUCCGCCAACACCGCCACUGGCGCCGCCGCCGCCUUCGUCGUGACCUCCCCCUACAAACCGCUCGCCUCCUACGCCACCACGGCCGACCCCAGCAGCCCCGCCCCGUCCCAGGCCCUCUCCUCCAGCCGGGCCUCCCUGGCGGAGGCGGGCGGGGGCCCCGGGGACGCCGGGGAAGCCGGGGAGGCCGGGGAGGCGGAGCAGCUGGAGUGCCCCCUGUGCCUGGUGCGGCAGCCCGCCCGGCAGCUGCCCGCGCUGCACGGCUGCGGCCACCGCUCCUGCCUGGGCUGCCUGCGGCAGUACCUGCGCAUCGAGAUCACGGAGAGCCGCGUGCAGCUCAGCUGCCCCGAGUGCGCCGAGCGGCUGGUGCCGCGGCAGGUGGCCGACAUCCUGCAGGACGCCGCGCUGCUGGAGAAGUACGAGGAGUUCCUGCUCCGCCGCUGCCUCGCCGCCGACCCCGACUGCCGCUGGUGCCCGGCGCCCGACUGCGGCUUUGCGGUGAUCGCGUCGGGCUGUGCCAGCUGUCCCAGGCUGGUGUGCCGCAGGGAGGGCUGUGGAGCCGAGUUCUGCUACCACUGUAAGCAGGCCUGGCACCCCAACCAGACCUGUGACUCCGCCCGCCAGCAGAGGGCGCAGUCCCUGCACACGCACAGCAACCACUCCCCCAGCUACACGCAGGAGCAGGGACCCGCUGAUGACAUCAAGCCCUGCCCGCGCUGCGGUGCGUACAUCAUCAAGAUGAACGACGGCAGCUGUAAUCACAUGACCUGUGCCGUCUGCGGCUCCGAGUUCUGCUGGCUCUGCAUGAAGGAGAUCUCCGACCUGCACUACCUCAGUCCGUCCGGCUGCACCUUCUGGGGGAAGAAGCCGUGGAGCAGGAAGAAGAAGAUCCUGUGGCAGCUGGGAACGCUGAUCGGCGCUCCCAUCGGCAUCACGCUGAUCGCCGGCAUCGCCGUGCCCGCCAUGGUCAUCGGCAUCCCCGUCUACGUGGGCCGCAAGAUCCACGCCCACUACGAGCUGAGGAAGGCGUCUCGCCACAGACGCAACUUGGCCAUCACAGGGGGCGUGGCCCUGUCAAUCAUCAGCGCUCCUGUCGUGGCAGCCGUCAGCGUCGGCAUCGGAGUGCCCAUCAUGCUGGCCUACGUCUACGGAGUGGUGCCCAUCUCGCUGUGUCGCGGCGGCGGUUGUGGCGUCAGCCGAGAGAAGGGCCGUGGCGUUCGGAUCGACUUCGAUGAGGACGACGGACCAAUCACAGUGGCUGACGCCUGGCGUGCCCUCAAGUCCCCCAGCCUCGGGGAGAGCAGCCUGGAGGGCGCCGCCAGCGGCCUCAGCACCACCUCCCCCAGCGAGGGGCUGUCUGUGGCCCCGGGAACCCUGGGGGACGCCCCGCACUUCAACACCCUGGCAGGGGGCUCUCUGGGGACCCGCACCGGCAAGUACAGCAGGCUGGAGGUGCAGGUGGGGGAGCUGGCUAAGGAGAGCACCCAGAGGGACACGGGAAGCCUGGGGGCCGGCAGUGACUGUGCGAGCACCAGGGGCAUGGCCGGCUCCAUCGUCUCCGCCUACACCUUACCUGACAGGGAAUGCACCAACCUGGAGAUCCAGGUGGACAUCGAGACCAAACCCAGCCAUCUCUGCCUGACCAGUGAGGAGGACCUGACCCAACCCGCUGGCUCCGCUGCCAUGGCAACGUGCUCAGGAGGGGAGGAGCCUCAGGACUGCAGCUCCAGAAGGGGCGGGGCCCUGUCCGACUCUGCUCUCAGGCUGUCCCCCUCGGGGGCGUCGCUCAGGGAGGGGUCCCAGGAUGUCUCGUUUGGGGAGGGGCCCCAGGACGUCCUGCCGAUGGAGGGGCCCCUUGACUUCUCCCUGGGGGAGGGGCCUCAGGACAUCGUGCUGGGGGAGGGGCCCCGAGACCUCGCACUGGGGGAAGAGCCCCGGGACGUCCCGGCAGGGGAGGGGCCCCAGGACGUCUCACAGGGGGAGGGCCCCCAGGAGCUCUCAGUGGGGGAGGGGCCCCGAGACGUUACCCUGGCGCAGCCCGAGAGCUUCCGCAGCGACCUUGAGCUGUCCGACACGCAGUCGGACGACAUCGCCGAGUUGACGUCGGACGACUGCGACUCCCCGCACCCCAAGAGCUGCCGCCCUGCCUCGUCCGCCUCCCAGACCCAGGCCCUCUGCCUGGCGCUGAACCCCUCCACCGAAGGCCUUCACUGUCCCGCCGGCAGUACCGUCGUCCUCUACGUCUGAGGGACUCACCCCUGUGUCAGGACGGCACAAAAACUCCAAACUCAACGGACCUAACUAACAAAGCCGCCGCCGCCGCCGCCGCCACUGAAGACGUGGUCCCAUAGCUUCCUCCCUUAGCUGUUAUUGUCGGUUCCCCCGCUGCACUGUCCGAAGCCACAGAGGCUGCUCCGUACACGGCCGCCCGCCUUUGGUUCUGUGUUCCGGUUCUUCUGUCUUACGUGUGCACCUGUCUGUCAGUUGACCUCCGCAGCGAGUACGUUGUCAGGGAACUACCUCUGAGAUUUAUAAGAUGACCUUUUAUGUUUACUACUUGGUGCAAAAUGCCUUGGCUUCUUAAGCAAAAAAAGAAGAAAACAACACAAAGGAGGAAACAAGGUGUUGCUAAGCACAGUAGUGAGUGAAGGACGUGGGAGAGUUAGUGUUGUUUCUGACAGGAUGAAUGAAUGUGGGGCUUGUGUGUCCGACUAGUUCUUUAUUUUAUAUUUUUGUAUAUUUUUUCCCCCUAUUUAUAUGAAUAGAAUGAUUGACGGCUGGUGUUUUUUCCUGUGUGCAUCAGUCUGCAUGGUGUCUCGUGUGUGAGGUGUAGGACCACAGUGAACACCCCCCCCUGUCCCCAUCUAUCUGCUUCAAAGGUUGAAAAAAGAGAGAAUGAAAGAUGAAAGCAGAAUAAACACAGUCAAUAUUUUUUUGAGCACUUUCCGGCGCAGGGUGACGGGCGACCCGAUCAAUGGUUUAAACGAAAUACAACUGUGAGAAAACGGAAGAAGUGGCAAUUUUGUUCUGGUGUACUCCGACAUAGUAAUUUUUCUACAGUAAAUCACCCUGAGAAAAAACCUGGAAUUUAAGUACACUAAUCCAUUCCUCUCUCAUUCUCGCUGAAAAAGUGUGUGGUGAAAUAGGUUGGGGUGGUUACAGGAGAGCCAUGCGUCAGGUGUGAUUUCCCUGCGGUGGUCCAACGCCAAACCAGUGGUUGAUCAACAAGGCCCCAUGAGAUGAUGAUGUUAUCAUGAGCUGCUGACACAUAAAGCCGCACAUGGUGAAUAACUGACUUCAGGCCUUACAGACGUUAGGGGGCUGAUCCCCCUCUCACUGACCAACACACACACACACACACGCACGCACACACACACACACACACACACACACACACACACACACACACACACACACACACACACACACACACACACACACACACACACACACACACACACACACACACACACACACACACACACACACACACACACACACACACACACACACACCCCAACCUGCCGUCCGACCCACUUGAAUGUUGUUUGUAGACAUUGUGUGUGUGUGUUUCCCCACUGUCAUUUAUUUUUAAAUGAGCACUUGUGCACUUUAUCAAUUGUCAAUGUUAUGACCCACUGUCCACUGUCUUUGCGCUAAGCAAGUUUACUUGGAUUCCAAUCAAAUGUCUGUGAUAGGAGAAGAAAAGAUUAAAGGGUCCUUUUACAAAACAAUACCACAAAGCCUCUUAUGUUGGGUGUAAACGUUUUUUUCCAAAAACAAUAUCUUGUCCUUUUAAAUAUUUAAAUAAAUGUAAAAUAUAACACAUGAUGUUUAUCAUGACCAAUUUCAAUUUUGUGUCAGAUCACGAAACCAUCUUUCCAUCGCAGAAGGCAACUUCUUUGUCUGAAUACGCUUUCAAAAAAUGUAUAACUCAUUUUGGAAUUAAACUUUUCAAAUACUAACGCCGAUUUAUUUCCUAAUCAACCUUCAUUUUGGUUUAUGGAGUUUAUUUGAUCCAUAAAGGUCUGCGGGAAUAUCUUUAGCGUUGCAGAAUUAUCUACCCAUACUGGGCAUUGCUUGGCUUUAUCUGUUUUUAUGAUACCUGUUACUGCUUGUUUUGACCUGGCCCUAGAAAGAAAACCCUACAAAUCUUCCACAGAUUAAAAUUCAAUUUCCUGAAAGAGAUCUGAUUUGUCGCCAAGAGACAUUAAAACAGAGUUGUACUUGUUUGAAGUUUACAGUCUAGAUAGAUAGCAGUAUGUAAGUGUUAUCAAGGGAGACGUUUUUAAGGACACUAAGGACUGUGAAAGAAAUUGUGGACUUUUGGAAAAUUCAAUAAAAUACUUUUGUUGUAACAAA